GAUCAGAGGUGCGGACCGACCUUCACUCACUCUCAGGCCAUAACUUGGUACCAGGUUUACUAGUUUUGUGGGAAUACAGACUGGAAGCACAGCAUUUCAACAAAAUACCUUUUCACUGAGAAGCAUUACAGUCAUCCAGGUCAAGCUUUCAGAACUCACCAAAGAGUGAAAUGAAUUAUAACUGACAGAAUCAAGUGUGUAGAUUUGAGUCAUCCCAGCCAAGAAAAAACUCACAGCGUGUCUGAAAGGUGACUUGCCAGCGAGAUGCUGCUCUCCAUAGGGAUGCUUAUGCUUUCAGCUACCCAAGUCUACACCAUCUUGACUGUCCAGCUCUUUGCAUUCUUCAACUUACUACCGGUGGGAGCAGACAUUUUAGCGUAUAAUUUUGAAAAUGCAUCUCAGACAUUUGAUGAUCUUCCAGCAAAAUUUGGGUAUAGACCUCCAGCUGAAGGUUUAAAGGGUUUUUUGAUUAAUUCAAAACCAGAGAAUGCUUGUGAACCCAUAAUGCCUCCACCAGUAAAAGACAACUCAUCUGGCACUUUCAUCGUGUUAAUUAGAAGACUUGAUUGUAAUUUUGAUAUAAAGGUUUUAAAUGCACAGAGAGCGGGAUACAAAGCAGCUAUUGUUCACAAUGUUGAUUCUGAAGACCUCAUUAGCAUGGGAUCCAACGACAUUGAUGUGUUAAAGAAAAUUGACAUUCCAUCUGUCUUUAUUGGUGAAUCUUCAGCUAAUUCCCUGAAAGAUGAAUUCACAUAUGAAAAAGGGGGCCACAUUAUCUUAGUUCCAGAAUUUAGUCUUCCUCUAGAAUACUAUCUAAUUCCCUUCCUCAUUAUAGUGGGCAUCUGUCUCAUCCUAAUAGUCAUUUUUAUGAUCACAAAAUUUGUCCAGGAUAGACAUAGAGCUAGAAGAAAUCGACUUGGUAAAGAUCAACUUAAGAAACUACCUGUACAUAAAUUCAAGAAAGGAGAUGAGUACGAUGUGUGUGCCAUUUGUCUGGAUGAAUAUGAAGAUGGAGACAAACUCAGAAUCCUUCCCUGUUCCCAUGCUUAUCACUGCAAAUGUGUAGACCCCUGGCUAACUAAAACCAAGAAAACCUGUCCGGUCUGCAAGCAAAAAGUUGUUCCUUCUCAAGGUGAUUCCGACUCUGACACAGACAGUAGUCAAGAAGAAAAUGAAGUGUCAGAACACACCCCUCUGCUUAGACCUUUAGCCUCUGUCAGUACCCAGUCGUUUGGGGCUUUGUCAGAGUCCCACUCGCAUCAGAACAUGACAGAAUCUUCAGACUUUGAGGACGAGGACAACGAAGAUACUGACAGCAGUGAGGCGGAGAAUGAAGUGAAUGAACACAGUGUUGUGGUCCAGUUGCAGCCGAAUGGUGAGCGGGACUGCGACAUAGCAAAUACCGUGUGACCCGUUAUGAUGGGUGAUGGGUUGAUUUCCCUGUGAAACAUUUAUUUAGGUCUGCAAUUUGAUUUUUUGCUCCUCUUAGAGAUUUCUGUAGAAAUAACUUAUUUUUUAGUGUUCUAGUUUAAUCAGAUUACCCAAACAGGCUGCAGGACUAUAUUUCAUUUUACUAAUAACAGACUGGUGCUGUAACUCAGGCAUCAAGGAUAAAACAUAGCCAAAAUGUUUUUUAAAAUCUCAAUAUAGCUUGCGAUUAAGACUUAGAUCACAGUAUGAAAAUGUUUUGUGUUUCACACACGAAAUCAGUGCCAUGGCCAUCUAGCAUAAGCUAAGCCAGUGCUCACGCCUCGGUAAAGAAUGAGUUGGAGUACCUUCUGCUGUUUCUCCAAGUUGCCUUCAUUAGUGAGAAGCAACAAGGUAUUUUACCACUUCUCCCCUCCUAUCAGCACCUCACAGAAAAUUCAAAGCUAUCUUUCUCAUUUCUAUUCCCAAGCAGUCGUAUCCUGAUAUGAAAGGUCUGUAACUAGUACAGAUUUCAGAAGGGUUUUAAUACUACAGUGUUAUGUAUAACUAUGGUUCAACAGGUAAUGUCUUUGGACUUUUGAGAUUUCAGUAUCCUUCAGUUUUGUGUUGAGAUCAAAGCAAAAAGAAAAUGCUGCAUAAAAAUACCAAACUUCAGCAACUGUUACUACUCUCAGAUCAUAUACCUCUUAAUAAAGAGCAUCUUAUGCUAAUUAGCCCUGCUAACCUAUGUACAGAGAAACUGUUCAAGUAUUAGAUUUGAAACUAAAUGCUUAACAGAACUAAUGUAUUGAAAUGAUGUAUUAUGAAAAGGUAAAUUAUACAUUGUAACUAUGUAGAAAUUAAAGAAAUGUAUAAUCAAACUACUAAGAAUUUUUAUAUGGCCUUAUAUGAGGGGAGUUUGAAUGUUAAUAAAACUUUUCCACUUUAAAAAUA